CAUAGUUUGACGUGCUCUUUACGAAGCUGAAUUGCACAUGUGCGUAUUUCAUGAAAAUGCCACAAACAUAUCGGCAACGGAGGGAGAUAUUUAGUUUUGAUGGUUGAACAAAGGAAACUCUUGAUGAAAGAUACUACAGACACAACAUUUAUGGAUUAACGGCUUUUUUAGGGAAUUGAACCACGUUUCUUUGGGGAAGUUAUUCUUAGUGCACCUGGACACGUUUCCAACUAUUUCAGUAUGGGGGUAUUCAGUAUAUCACUUCACCACAAAUUGUUGCUUGUUGGGACUAGAAGAUUAAACAGGAUAAUCUUUCAGUUUGCGGGUCACCAUGUCUCAGCGACCCUCCUGCGCCCAGAGGACAGCAGCAGCAACCCUGUGGUGAAGAGACAACGCAGGGUGUCAAACAUCUCCAUUGUCCAACGUAAGCGUGUUGCAUCUGAUGGAUGGCAGAAACAUGAGAGGUCAGUCCAGAGCAAAGCUUGGAACAAUGAGAUCCCAGUGUUUCAGCGGAAGGGAGAAGACGGCAGAGUGUCCUCUGAACUCAGGAGGCUGAGUCUGGACGAUUUCCCUGCAGAGAAGGAGAAGAUGGCGGGACAGAGGUCAACAGUGGACUCCAGAGCUGAGAACUAUGAGGUAGUUUUUGGCAUCGCCCCCUGUCUCUUGGCUCUGACCCAGGGUAGAAGGCAGGCCCGGAAACUGUUUGUAAAAGACGGGGAGGCCUCUCAGAGGGCGUCUGUGAUACAGGUCUGUGAGGAGGCUCGUGGGCGAGGAGUACAAGUCCAGCGGGUCAGUAAGAAAGAUCUGGACAAGAUGUCUUGGGGGCGAGUACACCAAGGCGUGUGUCUGCAAGCAAGUCCUCUGGGCUACCUCACAGAGGACGGAGACUCUGCACCAAACCGAGGAGACACCCCCCUCUGGCUCGUCCUGGAGAGAAUUCAGGACCCGAUGAAUCUCGGUGCCAUCCUGCGGUCGGCUUAUUUCCUCGGUGUGGACAGAGUCCUCAGCAGUCUUCGUCACAGCUGUCCUUUGUCCCCAGUGGUCAGCAAGGCCAGCUCGGGCAUCAUGGAGGUGAUUGGGGUGUACGGAUACGAAAACCUGGAAGACAUGCUGAGGUUGAAGGUGGCACAGGGCUGGCAGGUGGUUGGCACAGUGGGGGCAGGAGCCGAGGAGACCAGGACUCCUGUGGUCCAGUGUUCAGACUUCCAGAUGACCCAACCCACGGUGUUGUUGAUGGGGGGUGAGGGUGAGGGAUUGUCCCCCCAGCUGCUGUCUCUGUGCCGAACCCUCCUCACCAUCCCAGCUGGCAGAGAGCUGUUCCCCGGGAUAGAGUCUCUCAACGUCUCCGUGGCGACAGGCAUCCUGCUUCACUCGCUGCUGUCCUCCAGGAGGUCGACCAGAUGAUGGCCGCCGUAAAUAUCUGCCUGUACUCUGGACAAGACGCCACUGUACUGAGAAUUUGACUUUUACACUCCAGAAGUGUCUUUGAGGAUAAGGAUGAUGAUAUCUUGUGUUUUUCUUCUGUUAAGAAAUUCCAACAAUGAACGCAUCAGCUUACGUGUCUCAUGUGUGUAUCAACGCCUGAUUGGUCUUCUUCCCCCGUGCCGUAGACGUCCAUUGUUGUCCAAAAAUAUUAAAAUAUUAAUGAGCCACACUCUUGUCCCCAACAUCCAACAAAUACACUAUUUCCUCCUGUUUGAGUAAUGUUUGAU